AUGGCUCAACCUGAGAUCACACAAACAGCUGCCGACAACUUGGAGCCAAAGGCACAAUGGCAAGACUCAGAAGUGGAUAUCCUCCUUCAACAUUUCAUCCAGAAUCACGCAGCGAUUGGCGACAGUGGGAACUUUUCAGGGCCUACCUUCAACAGCGCAGCUACUGCUAUCAAUUCCGAUGAGACAAUUCAAACAAUGGGCCCACCAAAGACGGGCAAUAUGGUUAAGACCAAAUGGACUGCACUCAAAAAAUAUUCAAUCAAAUCGAGGCCUACUGCAAUGUAUCUGGCUUUCAUUUGGACAAUGUGCGGGGAGCUGGGAUUGAGGGCCCUGCUGCUGACAGUGUUUGGAAUACAUAUGUUGCUCCAAGGUGGUGCUUGUGGAAGGCAUGCCUUCCACCCCGCUACCACAGCCCCUGCCUCCAUUGAUGUUGAUAUAGACGAUGUGCUUGAUGGGGGGCUUGCCCUUCUUGAUGUAGAUGGAGGAAGCACGUCUGCUGGAGCCACUGGCCCUAGCGAUGUGCCAGACAUGAGCGCUGACCUGAUGAUGCCACCUAGCGCCCCGUUCCUUGCAACCUCCACUGCUACUGGCUCCCAGUCCAGCAAACGUGUGCACACCAACACUUUGCUCAACUCCAUGGAGACAUCAUCUUACAAUUCCGGUGGCACCCCCAUGUCCAGCUAUGCUGACAGUCCCCAGUCAUCAUCUCUCCCCCUUUCGUCAACAUUGGCGCCAUUGUCCCAGCCAUUGUCCCAGCCACCAGCCUUGAAGAAGGCUCGAGUGUCAAUGCAUGGUAGCUCGCAGACGGGGGUUAGCAGCACUGCUAAAGUCGCUGCCAAGGUCACACCAGCAGCCACCGUCAUGAACAUGCAAGGCACUAUAAAUCGCCUCACUGACGUUAUUGAGAGGAAUAUGAUGGCUCCAUCUGACCUACCUGUUGUUGUUGUGCCAACCAUGAUAUCCUGUGGCCUGUCAAUUUUGCGUGGUGCAGAUGGAGAUCUGCCUGUUGCUCAGAGAGCCAACCUCUUGCAGAUACUUUUGCGCUCUGGAGGCAAGAACAAUCUCGCUGUAUAUGUUGGGCUGGAGGAUAACUUUGAGAUGCACCGUGCAUUUAUCUUGAGGCUCCUGGGGUCCAUACAGUAG